AUGCAUAUCCGGGAAAAGCUUGCACAGAAGGAGGCCUCAGGGGAGCCGGGCAUCUCCUUCGAGUUCUUUCCUCCCAAAACCGCUCAGGGUGUACAGAACCUUUAUGAUCGCAUGGACCGUAUGCACGGAUUGGGUCCCUCUUUCAUUGACAUCACAUGGGGCGCGGGUGGCCGUUUGUCGGACUUGACUUGCGAGAUGGUCAACGUUGCCCAGUCGGUGUAUGGUCUCGAGACCUGCAUGCAUCUGACUUGUACCGACAUGCCCCAGGAGAAGAUUGAUCAGGCUCUCUCGACCGCGUACAAGGCUGGCUGCACCAACAUUCUGGCUCUGCGAGGUGACCCACCCCGUGAGAAGGAGGCUUGGGAAGCCGCCGAUGGAGGAUUUCGCUAUGCCAAGGAUCUUGUCAAGUAUAUUCGGGAAAAAUACGGAAACCAUUUCGAUAUCGGCGUGGGUGGCUACCCGGAGGGCGCGGACGACAACCCAGAUGUGGAUCUAUUGAUCGAUCACUUGAAGGAGAAGGUGGAUGCCGGUAGCACUUUUAUCAUCACCCAGAUGUUCUAUGAUGUGGAAAACUUCAAGAAAUGGGUCAACAAAUGCCGUGCUAAGGGUAUCAAUGUGCCAAUCAUUCCUGGCAUCAUGCCCAUUCAAACCUAUGCCUCGUUCUUGCGCCGUUCUACCUGGACCAAGGCCCACGUGCCUCCGCAUUGGAUGGAAGCCCUCGAGCCCGUGAAGAAUGAUGACUCUGCCGUCCGGGAUAUUGGCAAGCGCCUCAUCGCUGAAAUGUGCAGGGAGCUUCUGGCCUUUGGCAUCAACCACCUCCACUUUUACACCAUGAACCUGGCUCAGGCAACAAAGCUAGUUUUGGAGGAGCUGGGCCUCGUGCCAUCCGAGGAAUCUCCCAUUCAGCGCUCGCUGCCAUGGCGGCCGUCUCUGGCACUGGGCCGGAGAACAGAGGAUGUGCGUCCAGUUUUCUGGCGCAACCGCAACUCUUCAUAUGUUGCUCGCACACAAUCAUGGGAUGAGUUUCCCAACGGUCGCUGGACCGAUUCCCGAUCGCCCGCGUUUGGUGAACUGGAUGCAUAUGGUGUCGGUCUGAAGGGUUCGAACGAGCAGAACAUCAAGUUGUGGGGCGAGCCGAAGUGUCUGAAGGAUAUUUCUGAUAUUUUUGUCAACUUCUUGAGUGGCAAAUUGGAACGUUUGCCUUGGAGUGACACUCCGAUCACCAUUGAAGCCAAUGACAUCAAAGACCCCUUGGUGGACUUGAAUAACCGGGGUUUCUUGACCAUCAACUCCCAACCCGCUGUGAACGGCGUUAAGUCCUCCCACCCCGUGUACGGAUGGGGUCCCAAGAAUGGUUUCGUUUACCAGAAGGCUUACUUGGAGCUGUUGGUCCCCUCAUAUUUGAUGGACGAGCUUAUUUCCCGCAUCGAGAACAACGAGGACAUGACAUACCAUGCUGUUUCCAAGGACGGUGAAUUGAGGACCAACACACACGACAGCCCGAACGCCUUGACCUGGGGUAUUUUCGCUGGCCGAGAAAUCAUCCAACCUACCAUUACCGAGACCAUCAGUUUCUUGGCGUGGAAGGAUGAGGCUUACCGCCUGGGUGAAGACUGGGCCAAGUGCCACGAUGCCGCCAGUCCCAGUCGGAAGCUGAUCCAACAUGUCAUGGACGACCGGUACCUUGUCAACAUCGUUGACAACGACUUCCACCGCUCCAACGCUGUCUUUGAUUUGUUCAAGGACCUAAUUGUCAAGGAUCUUGAUGUCGAAGUGACCGGAAAGCCAGUAGAGGCCAAUGGCACUGAGAUCAAGAACUAA